AGAAAAGCAGAUAGCGCGAGUGAGCGAGACAGAGAGAGGGAGCGAGGAACAGCGGGCGAGCGAGAAAGAGAGAUAGGAUACGCGACGUCGAGUGUGUCGUACGCGGCUCUGCUCCGGCUAAAACGUCGUGACUGAUUCCCCGCGAGUGAGAACAAAUGCGUGCGCGUCGUACGCGGGGCCGUCAGCACUGUGCGUAGUCGUUGUCGCCUCCGUCGUUGCAUCGCCGUGCCCUCUCGCCUGGGUCGAAAGCCGCGAGCAGCCGUCAUCGCUGCCGCCGUCGUUAAAGCCGCUCGCUUUUACGUGCGACUCGAGCCUCCGUGUCAACUGAGGGACGACGGCCAUAUUAAACCGCCGCGAGGAGCACGUAUCCCGAUCACGGCGUGAUCUCCCGGAGUGUGUAACCUGUCGUGUGUUGUAACGUGCGUGCGAGAGCGAGCGAACGAGCGAGUUCCUCCUCCCCGCGAGUUUUCGAGGUUUGUUUUUCCUUCCGUGCCGCCUUGCCUCACCACCGUCGCCGGAUGACGGCGCGGGUACGUGGUGCGUGCACGGUGCCAGUGUGUACGACGACGAGCGGCGUAGUCGACGAGGAGCGUCCCGUGCCGCCUGAUGUCUACGCAUCGUCUUCGUCGCACGGAGACAGCUCAGCGGCUCGCCACCACUGUGUCUACCCCUACUCCCGGCAAUACCACCCUUCCUAGGCCCUAUGGUACCCACGUAUUGCAGUCGAUUUCAUCGACGCACGGUGGCCCGUUUACGACCUCGAGGGGACAAGAAUAUUUUUUAAAGGGGCUCGAGGCGACGCUGACUGACAGCAAGAGGAAGUACGGCGACAAGGUGAAUGCACUUCUGUCAGCCUGGGAGCAUGUCUCCAAUUAUAUUCCUGCGGCACCGCCCGAGGCCACCCAGUCUCUCAUAGAAUGGGCUCACAGACAUACGUUGACACUGGUAUUGCGCGGGGAGUGGCCCAAGUUGGCACCCGUUACCAAAACGCACCUCUGCGUGACGUUGCAGAAGUGUGUGUCUCACUUAGCGCAACACCCCGUUGUACCCAGGUGUACCGCCUUGUUAGCGCUGGUGCACAACCCAUGGACGCAUCCUGUCCUCGACAGCAUACUUAACGGCCAACCGGAUUCCGAACAUGAGGAGGAAUUCUGUUGUUCGGAGAAAGGUGAACUGCUGACCAUGAGACUGAAGAUACUCUGCGAGGACCGCUGCGAGGACAUAGCGGUGCGCCUCGCCGCUGCGUGCGUACGCUCCCUCAGACGAAGCGAUCAGCUGCGGUCGCUCUCGGAGUCUUAUCACGUUCACUAUAUGAUCGACGUGUACAUUGUCCUCUUGUACAAAUUGAAACGCACGCAAGAUAUUUUCGCUCAAUUAAAAUUAAUGGAUCUCAAUGACGGUCUUGAAUUGGUCCAGAGGCUCAGCGGUGAGAAGCCAACGAAAUAUGGAACGGCGCGCGUUUGGAGAAAUUCGAUAAAGGCCGCGGAAUUGGUGGCACAAUAUCUCGUUACUGCUGGGAUGGUUCGACCAGUAUCGGAAACUGGAGCGAAUAUUUUGGAACAGAUCUUGAACUCUUGGGCGUUGCUCCAUGCAAAAUUGAAAGACGUCGCGCCUACUUUAGCCGGCAUGAUUAGAAAAUUAAUCGAACCCGCGGAGAGUGCUCAACAUAUUUAUAUCUUCUGUGCAGUACUUGUAAAACAUUUUGGCGACAGUAUAAAACCUUUAGUGGUCGAACUUUACAUCAGAGCGUUGACGGCGGACAUGAACGAGUUGGAGAAUCAAAAGGCGAAGUCGGACAAGGACAAAGUGCGCGAGACCGCGAAACGUCUGAGCACGCAAUUUCUCAAAUUGGCAGACGUAGUUGACAGCAAUAUCGGCAUCGCGAGGGAGUGCGUUCUGACGGCUUUCUCCUUGCACCCUACCAGAACCUGUUACGACAGAAUAAAGGAAUUUGCAGUGGCGUGCGGGAAAGUGAAGAAGAAUGGCGUUUCGCAUAUCACCGCUUUCGAGGAAGCGCAGAUGAAGAAAAAGAUGGUAGUAGAGGAAAGUCUCUCCGCCGCGUUGAAGAAGCAGUCGAUGGACGACGACAGGCAGACAUUCUCGGGCUCAACGGAAGUUCAACAACCGUCGCAGGAUUCGAGCAUCAGCACGACGGAGGAGGACUUCCAAAGCGGUCAGGUGACGUUCGAGCACACGGAUGAGCUGUUGAAGAGCUUGCUGUCGAAACGAAUGCCCGAGGCCCCGGCAAUAGAAAGGUGUCCGUUGCAUCCGAGGUGCGACGGGCCGCGAGAACUCAGCGAGAUCUGCGGUGAGUUCGGCCAAGAGCGGAACAUGUCAACGCCGGUGGACGGCGGCGUUGACGGCGACGGCGAGGGCGGCGGCGGUAACGUGGAGAGAACGUUGGACGCACUGAUACUGAUAAAAGGCGACGCGGUGACCGGCUCGGCCAACUACGACGAGACGUCCGCGCCCAGUCAGGUAUUGGACGGCGAAACGCUCGGCCUGUCGCGACAGCUGUGCGACGAUCUGGCCGUGGUGCUGAGCAGUCCGCGCUACCACAUGCUCAGCUGGGUGCUGGACUGGAAGGAACUGAAGGGCCUGUGCGAGCGUUAUCUGGACAACGCGGAGGAGAUGCGCUACACGAACAAGGAGCUCAAGUACCUGAACAUCGACUACUCGCAGUUCAAAGACUGGCCGUUGGAGGAAGACACGAAGGACAUGUUUUUCGGCAUCGAGAAGGGCUACGAGCAGUGGGUGGACCCGCCGUCCGACAAUUCCGAGCAAUUCGGCAGCUUCCAGCCGGCCGGCGGCUACAAACGCUCGUCGACGCGGCGCAGUAUAGACGACACCACGGACUCCGACAGCGGCAGUAUAUUGCGCGUGCGACGCACCGGCCGGGCUCGCAAGGUCCUGCGACUGGAGUCGUCCGAGAGCGACUGCGACAGCGCCGAGCGCAAGCCAAAGCACCUUAGGAAUAGGAUCAGCUCGGUGUCGGACAGCGACAGCAACACGCAGGACAGCCAGACCGACAGCCUCGGCAGCGACGGCUGCCGGCUCGAGACCAAGAAGAAGCCCAACAAGCCCGGCAAGGAGUCCGCGAAGAAGCGGCCCAAGUCGUCCAAGCUCACCGUCGAGUCCAUGUCGCAUUUUCACAUGCUGGUGAACGAGGACGCGCGGCGCACCAGCGCCCACGAGGACGCCAGCGGGUCCGACGUCAGCAGCAACGACAUCAUCACCCUCUUCUCCGCGGACAUGGACGAGAACAAGCGCGAGACGAUCAAGGGCUCGGCCUACACCGCCGCGGCGCCGUUGAUCAUCACCGAGAGGCGGAGCGACCCGGCGGUCCUCAAGUCCCUGCGGAUGUUCAGGCCGCAGAACUCGAAGAAACCGCCGCGGAUCGCGCAGCUGCUGCAGCAGAAGAACCUGAUGAACAAGAGCAAGGACAACGACGAGCACCACCACCAGCAGCAGCAGGCGGCCGUGAAAUUCGCGCCGAUGCUCAGCACGCUCAAUCUGAACCCGAAGAUCGUGCUGACGCGCGCCGACGAGGUCGGCAAGCGCGCCAAGAAGCCGCCACAGCGGCUGAGCAGCGGCGACAUCACCAGCGAACUCAUCAACAUACAGAAGACGAUGCCGUAUAACAAGAGCGUAAUGACGACGUAUCAGAAACAAACGACCGGCAAGAGCAGCAACAACGCCAGCGGCAAGAACGACCUGGGCUGCCCGGUGGUGGUGGACGGCCGGCGCGACCAUCAUCUCGUCAAGUCCAACUUGGGUAAGACCAAGUUUGAUAUUCUCGCGCAGGCCGUUAGGGAUUCCGAUAUAUUGGCUAAGAACGUGCCGGGUUUGAAUUCGUUGGACAUGAUGGUGCCGCCGAGGAUGCGUCCUACGGUGAACAUUGUGCAGCUGUCCAGGAGUGUACCGCAGAGCCCGAGCUCGGCGGCGGCGGCGGCGGCUGCGGCUAUCAACAGCGGCAACACGCCGCCACGACCGACGCGCACUCCCAGCGUGGCCGGUAGCAGCAGCAGCAGCAGCAGCAGCAGCAGCAGCAGCAUACAGCUACCGGGCACGCCGUCCUCCGGCGGUCACGACAGCGGCGUCGGUAUGAGCCCGGCCGGCCAGACGCCGCCGCCGAGGUCGUCGCAUCUGCCGGACGUCGGCGAGGAGGCCAAUCAGCCGCCGGACGUGUCGACUCCUAACAACGCGUCUUCCUCCUCGGCGCACCAUCUCACCGACGCCGCCGAGCCGUCGAAUCCGCGCGCGAUCCGGCGCGCCAGUCAGCAAUCGCCGAAAAAGUCGUCACCCUCCUCACCGGGCACCGCCGCGACUAUCGCGACGACGACUAUGACGACAACGACCACGACGACCGCUCUGGGAGUGGUGACGUCCGUCACCAGCUCGUCAGAGUCGGUCAAGGUCAUCUGCAAGCCGGACGGCAGUUACCAGAUCACCGCCCUCAAUCCGAACCUCGUGUCGAAUCAGAGAAACCUCUUAGCGUUGCAGAGCCUAGACGACGCGGGCUUUGCCGCGCGGCAACAACCGGCGGCGGCGUCCAACAGGAACGCCUACGACCACCGGACGACGCUGAGCGGCGCCGUCAAGACCGGCCAGAACGCCGUUCUGCCCAAGUUUCAGCAGGCCUUUCGCAAGACCAUCUACACCGGUCUGUCGACGGACACGGCGACGGAGACGCAACUGAGCGUCCAGCAGACGACCACCGCGCAGAAGACGGCGAAUCUCUCCAAGGCGGUGCAGACGUCCAGCAGUCAGCAGCAGACCGGCUCUGUCAACGUACAGUCCAUUUCCGCCGCCAAUAUCUCGAAUUUGCAGCUGCCGAGUGGCGGACCGAUACUCAACAUCGUGCAGAACAACAGCGCGAACGCCAGCCCGAACGCCGCCAAUCAGGCGCUCACGCAACUCGUGCAGAACGCCAGCUCGCAGGGCGUCAUAUACACGCACAAGGUGAUCGCCGCCGGUAACAAUCCUAACCAGUUCAACAUCAUACCGGCGAUAUCGCACGCCAACUCGAUACCGUCCGGCAGAACCCCGGUGGUCAAACUGAACAUCAUUCGCGCACCGUUGAGGCAGCAGAAUCUCGCGGGAACCACCAUCCAGGCUGUGUUGGCGCCGAGAUUGCAACAGCAGCAGCCUGUCCGAGCAGCGGACAAUCUGAUCGGUUCCGCGAUGGAGGUGAACAACCAGGUGAGCUCGACGACUCUCGAGCAACUGCGAGAGUUCGAGAGUGUGCUGGAGCAGGUGAAGGAGAGGAGUAUUCAGCCGAUCCACCAGCAGCAACCACCGGUCGUCACAACCACGACGACCGUGCAGACGCAGACCACCGCGCAGCAGAGCGCUCAGACGACGAAACAGCAGAUGGCCGUGAGCGCGUUGGCGCAGCAGCUGAUGAUGCCGGCGCAGUCGCCUAGCGGCAACAAUGACUUCUCCAGCAACGGCGGCACAUUCCAGCAAGAAUCCGUGUUCUCGCCGAAAGUCUCCCUGGCCUACGCGAAUCCGAGCGGCGGCUCGACCGUCAAGCUGGCGGCGGCCAACUCCACGACCACACCGGUGGUCGUAGUCACCAGCUAUUGUCAACCGGCGGCGUCGCCCGCGCUGAGCGUCACCUCGCAGAGCUCGUCGAGCCCGUGCGUGACCCCGGCACCGGCGCCUAUCCCCUCGGCCGGCAAAACGCCACCGACGCCGCCCUCCUCGGCCGCCGUGAAGAACGUGAAGAAGUCGACGCCGAAGACGGUGAAGACCAACACCACCAACAACACCUCCAAGGCGUCGCCGAUACCGAAGCCGCAGCAGAAGCCGCAGGAGGACGAGCAGACCGCCCAGCGGAUCUACGCGAUCCUCGACGAGUACGCGGAGCAACUGAGGAACUCGCCCGACCUGAACAACAAGCCGGCGCCCAGGAGAAGGUCCAACCCGCCGACCAACCCGAGCCAGACGUCCAAGCGGAAGAAGUCCAACUCGAACAAGAACAAGCCGGUGGGUCAGCAGACGUCGUCGGAGCUGAGCCCGAGCACGGACGACCUCGGCAGAACCAUGGGCAGCGAGGACUCCUCGAGCGGCAUCCUCCACGUGCAGGACAGCCCGGCCAGCUUCUCCGCGCCGGAGGAACCGCCGGUCAGCGUCGCGGAGGCCGCGGCGGAGGUGCGGACGAGCGACUCGAACGACGGCGUCGAGCUGAACGUGAAGCGGCGGAACCUUAUCUUCGCGGAGCCGGGCUCGGGCCAGCCGCGCACGGUGAUCGUGCAGGAGGCGCUGCAGACCGGCUCGGUCAGCGUCAGCGAGGCCCUGGCUUCCGUCACGGGCAAGAUGGCCGGCGCGGCGGUGCUGAUGCCGACGAAUCUCCUGCUGCCGCUGAUGAAGGGCACUCAACAGUUCACCGUGGUGUCCGGUUCCACCAAGCUGGUGGCGAUGCCGACGACGGUGCGCGCCACCGCGGGCAGCAACGCCACCAUGUCGAACGCCUUGGUGCUGCAGUCCUUCCUCAAUCAGGGCACCAAGCUGAUCACCCCGCAGGCCCAGGUCAAACAGAUGAAACUGCCGCCCACUCUGCAGACUCUGUCGAACAGCCAGGCGCUGAGCGCGCAGGCCGCCUCCGUGGUGAUUUCGCAGUCCGGAAGCGCGCAGUUCGAGACGACGACGACGACGACGACGACGACGACGACGGUGGCGGCGCCGCCGCCGCCGCCACCGCCGCCGCCGUCGUCGUCGUCGUCGUCAGAGAAGCCCACUAUCAUCAGUGACAUACUAUUGAAGAAUGACACUGUGGUCAGCAGCACCGGCGGGAUGUCGGUCGACUCGGCGACAAACUCCGCCACCAUCGUGGUGAACAAGAGCAGUCCCACCAUCAGUCUCGUUUCCCGAAGCAUCAACGAGAUCGCGGACAACCAGCAGAUAUGUGGCGUCAUCACCAGCAAUCCGAAUCUGCAGAGCACGAGGCUGUUCAACUCGAACAUACACAAACUGUCGACGCCCGCCACCCUAAAGGCGGACAACGUGGUGUGCAUCGCGCCGGCUAGCACCGCCAUAGCCUCGCCGGAAAAGAAGUCGCCUCAGGACGGUCAGAUUCACACGGAGAAAUCGAUGUCUGUGCAAUCUACGGCCGGCACCAUCGCGGCGCUCUCUUUCGGCUCGCAGACCGACGUCAAUGCCAUUCUGAACGACGGUCAGCAGCAACACAAAGACACAAAGGAGACGUCCACCGAGAUCACGUCCGCCAACAAAAUCGUUUCCCCGAAAACGGUAAAGAGAAAACUCGAGGACAGUAUUGGUAUGCAGGAAAGUGCGCCGAGAACUUUGAUCCCCACGAACAUUGCCACGUCGUUACAAAAUAAUACGAAAAUUGAUUCCGUGUCUCCGAUUACUUCGACGAGCAAACAGCCGGCCGUUAUCGACAACACAUUUUUGGUGACUGGCGGCCCGAGCAGUUCGGACAGCCAGGAAUCACCGGUGCAACAGUCCACCGAGACGAUCGAUAGGUCGUGCAAGGUCGGCAACGGGCUGCUGUACGGAAACGCGCGCUUGCAGGAAGCCUGGGAGCCGGAGGGGAAGGUGUCACCGGACACGCCGUGGAGAUAUGUUCCCACGUCGAUGAACACGUUGAGCAACGAUUCGUUGAAAGUAUAUUCCAGGGACAGCGACACGGAGAACGUACAGAGCGUGUUGCAAAUCAUCAACAAGGGGCACAGCAUUGAGAUGGCGAGCGGGCAGACCUAUCAGUCCAACACGAAGAAGUACUUUAUGAAUCACACACUGGAGCCGUACAGCAACAAGAGCAGUAUGAUGAAGCCGAGACUCGACAUGCCGAGGCUCGAUAUGCCGAGGCUCGACAUGCCGAGGCUGGACAUGUCGAGGAUCGACUUGAUGCAGCAUAGGAUCGAGAGGAAGGCCGCGGCGACGUACGAGCUGAAGCUGCAGAAGAGCUUGUCGGAGGAGUGCGAGGACCUGGGCGUCGACGAGCCGAGCACCAGCGACUUGUUCCCCGAGGCGGACCUGCUGUUCGACACGAACCACUCGCCGUCGUACGAUCAUUCCUCGCAGGACGCGACCUGCAGCCAACAGCUGGGCAUGAAGCCGUACAACAGCUUGUACAACCGCGCGCUCGACUCGUCGAGCGGCAGUCGGGACGCCAGUCCGAUCGGCGACUUCAGCAAGAUGAAGGAGCGCAAGAAGAGCGCGAGUAAACGCGCGAGAAUAAUGGACCCGAUGAAGAAGAGCAAGCUGAAAGCGGCGGAGAAGCCGACGAAGCACAUGCGACUCGCGCUGGACAACCUGAGCCAAGACGAGGCGUCCAACAGCAACUCGGACAUGUCCCGGCUGUCGCCAGCGCACCUCGAGAACGACUCGUCGAAGGACGCGACGAGCCACCGCGUCAAGCUGAUCUCGAGGCGCGGCUCGAAGGAGGGCACGCCCAGUAGCGUGUCCAGCAUCCCGUCUAACAUGAAGCUCGACAUCGACCUCGACUCGGAGUCGUUGCCGCCCAGCAUCAACGUCAACAACAUCUCGGCGGCGAGCUCCGGCGACGAGAGUCUCACGCUGCUGAGCGCCAACACCGCGGACGUCACCAUACCGUCGCCCUUGUCGCCAUUGUCGACGAACGCCGGCCCGCUGCUCUCCACGCACAACAAGUACACGUACGCCAACAAGAAGCGCCUGGCGUCGUCGAAGGUGCGGAGCAUGGGUUACAUGGCGUGGGAGAGCCCGAUGUCGGAGCGCACGAGGUCGAGCAGCGACGACGAGGACUCGAGCGUCAGCGAGUCGAUCGCCAGCCAGCCGGAGGACAGCGUUCUGAGCAACGGCCUGGAGGACAGCGCGCCGCCGACCUUCAAGUCCCUCGACCGGCGCUGCACCUAUACGAAGAAGAAGGACAAGAACGUGCAGAACGCAGCGAGGAUGCUGCUGAACCGGGGCAACAAGGCGACGGUGCCGACGAAGCGGAAGGCCGCCGAGUCGAUGGUGGUGUCGAGCGACAAGACGUCGGAGGCCUCCGAGGACGAGACGAGCAACAUCGUCCUCUCGACCGACUGCCGCGCCAGGCGGUCCAGUCUGCGCGGCCACGUGAAGAAGGGUUGCGCCUGCUGCAACGGCUCGCCCGAGCGCCCGAAGAAGAAGGCUGCUACCGCCGCUACCACCACCGCCACUACCUCCACCACCAUCACCACCACCACCAUCACCACCACCACGGUCAAGUCGGAUCAGCCGAAGCUGAAGAGACGGCUGUUGUUGAAGCAGUCCGUGAAGAAGAGGUAGUCCUAGCGUAGAUCGAGCGUUCGCACCGCAGCAACGUCUUGUCGCUAUAUCACUACUGUCGGCGGCGCCUCGUCCCCCGUUCGAUCCGAAGCGAAGGGAAGGCGAAAAAUCAAGACGGCGCGUCGUCCUUGUCUUCGACCGAGAGGAAUACGCUUCGGACGGUAACGGAUUUUUUGCCGAAGCCGCGACGAUGGCUGACUGUAAAUAUUAGAAACGCGCGCGCAAUAGACGCGGCUUAGUUCCGCCGAAAACAUUUGACCGCUGCUGCGUAGGUUCAGUCGAGAGGUGCGCGUUUUAAUUCAACGAUGAAUUCAAUUUACGUUGUUGUGCGUAUACUUGCGUUGUGUGCGUGCGUGCGUGUUUGCAAGGGAGGAGACAGAGAGAUGAUGGGCGGUACGAUUUAAUUAGAAUUCUCGCGUCGAUAACAGUAGCGGAUCAUCCUUCUCUACCAUUAGAUGUUAAUUACUACUAUAUUAGAUGUAAGAUAUAGAGAUCAUUUAUGAAUGGCAGACUUAGAUUUAAAUCGUUAAGGACCGUUUAGCGACGCAAUCUAGUCAAGUCAAGCUCUGCGACGAGAGAAACAGGCAGCGGACCGGUGUUGAACAAAGCAUUAAGUGAAAUAAUAAGCGAAAUCGUAACGAGAGAUCGUUGAUAGAACCCUCGCACAGACUAAAAGAGCCUGAAUUUAUAUAAUUCAAACCUAUACAGUAUGUCUCUAUCAUGACGGAAUGAAGCUAUUCCACGUUGUAACACGGUGUGGCCAGACUGAAUAGACAAAUAAUACUAGAGUCUCUCCGAGAAAAAUUAUAGGAUAUAGUUGAAGAGAGAGAGAGAGAGAGAGAGAGAGAGAGGGUGCGUGCAGUUUCUUUGGAAUACAUCGUCUUUGCCUUUCGUGUAAUGCUUACCUGUGCAUCUGUAUAACUUUAACUUGAUAGAGAGAGAGAGAGGGAGAGAGAGGGGGGGAGAGAGGGAGGGAAAGGAGAAAAGGAGGAGAAAUUGUCGCGCUACAAACUUUCGGCGCUCUGCUCUUAAACGGCGCUUGAGAUACGGGAUUAAUUGAAUAAUAAUAAUAAUAAUAAUAAUAAUAAUAAUAUAGUAAUGUAAUAAUAAUAAUAAUAAUAAAGUAAAAAUAAAUAUAUGCACGACUCAAAUACGAAGUAUAAUAACAAAGAGAGAUGAAGAAGAUGUCGCAAUAACGUUCUACAAAUCAUUCUAACAAGCUGUCUGUUGUACGGCCCGACCAUACCUUGUCAUGGUGCGUGUAAAAAAAAUCACAAUUGUACAUUACGUAGGUAUAAUUCAUUAAAAAGUAUACAUAAUAUUAUAUAUCGCUGCACUUUAGUACAAAAAUGCUUCACUUGGUUUCUCAAGGAUGACAGGUUUAUAUCGUAUUUCCGUAUGCUGUUGUGGUGACAUGUGAGAAUGGCUGCGAUCUUAACUUGUGUGGAUUAACUCGAAAUCUGUAACUCUUGUAAAGUCUCGCGAACGGGAUAGGCUGCGCGGGAGCUACGCGGGAAUUCAUUCAAUUAGUUUCGUUGCCGUCGUCGUCGUCGUUGUCGUCGUCGUCGUCGUUAAAAGCUGAUAUCCAUUCCACAAAUUUUGCCCCGACGCAAUAUACAUAUAUACAUACAUAUAUAUAUAUAUAUAUAUACAUAUAUACAUAUGUAGAAAAACUCGUCGUUUUAUUCUUUCUCCCUUUUUCUGUUCUCUUUCGAUGUUGCAAGGAUUUAAAAAAAAUCGUAGCUUCAAAUAACCGAGAUGUAACGUUCCUGUGAAUAGUGUCGUUACGUGAUAUGAACCAAAGGCUCUUUCGAGUAGAUGUGUGUUUGACGGAAACGCGUAAUAAAUCGAUGUGGUGCGGGUGAGUAGCAUACAUUAUAUACGUAUAGAAUAUGUAAACUAUAAUUAAACCAAUCUCUCUCUAAUAGCUCUGUGGAUCUCUCUUUUUCAUUUUGUUUUCUUAAUUUCCGGGGAAUUCCAGUAAAAAUUCGAGAUGUUUAGGUGAUCCUUUUAAUUCUUUAUCUAGAUGUAAAUAGAUUUUGCCAGAUCGAUAUUCUAUAUGAUGAUUAUUAUUAUUACUAUUAUUAUUAUUAUUAUUAUUAUAUAUUUGAUGCAGGUCACAACCAGACACUAAGAGAAAACCAAUGUAAAAGCUUCUUUCUCUGAUUUAGUGUGAGCUUAAAGAUCAGUCGCGAAACGGAAGAUCAUACGGUCAUCUAGACGCGAGUCAUUACGCUAUUUUGUGGUAGAAUAUUUUUAGAUACAGCAGGGGGGAGCACAGAACGACGAAGAGUCAAAUUGUUUAAGGGUGCCGCGAUACUCGCCGGCUUGGAUACGAAUCAUAUCAUUUUGUAUAAACGGACGGUUCAAUGAAUGGGCGAACACACAAUGAGCGAUGGUUUUUUUUUAUUUUAUUCUUUUUUCGAUUUUUCGUUUUUUUUUUCUUUUAAUUUGUUUUGUGUUACCGCGUGAUGGUUUACAUAUUCUGCACGUACGCCAACGCUGAGUAGCAUGGUUAUAUAUAUAAUUUUUUUUUCCGCGAACAUAUGUGAUACACAUACACAUACACAUAAACACGCACAAUCACUUCGCGAUAGCAAUGCGAGAGUGUGAAAAUUGUCACGAAUCACGUUUUUUUUCCGGUUCCCCAUUCGAUUGGAACAGACAAGCAAGAAGGUAUCUACCUCGUGCGCUUAAUCUUUCUAGUUUAACCCGCGCAUAUUUCUCUCGAUUACAUUUUGCAAAUAAAAGCUUGGAAAUCUUUAUCCGAUGAACUUUCGAACGACGAAUUCACAAUCGCUCGCGCGUCGCGCACAGCAUUGCGUCCCACUUCGUUGCUCGGCGCUUCGUUUAUAUUACUCGCGUUUUCUUCCUCGAUCUCGUUUUAUUGCGGGCAAGAAGAUCCCGAUAAAGUUGCAUUUCCACUUUGUAUGCGUUUAGGGAAAAGAGGGAGUUUGUAUUAUCCCAUUUUAUUUAUUUCCACGCCAAGAAAGAGUUUGAAGCGCGAAAUACCGAAGCGGUCUACGGAGAAAGAAUUCGCGUGUGCGAAUCUUUUGUCUAACGACUUCAAUGUUAUUAAGCAGAAAAAGAUCUAUCUAUUUGACGUCGUCAUUUCGAUCCGACGAAUCGAUCUCUGGGUGUCUCUGCGCGCAUGUGUGUGUGUGUGUGUCUGUGUCAAACGCACGUUUUUCUUCCCGUAGACCGAUUCUCCGAUUUAUGGUGCGCUUUCUUCCGCGAAAUCCUCGAAUAUUUUUCUUCGUUUCAUCGUGAGGGACGUAUGUCCCUUGAAGAAAGAAAUAGGGAAUCGCGCGUUUCCACUUGAGCCAUUUGUAUAAAGCGAAAGGCGGUCAGCGAGACUGCCCCAAGUUCAGUCUAUUUAUUCCCACGCUAAGAAAAGAAGUAAAGAGGCGAAUUCUAUCUUCCUGUAUAUUAGAAAGUGAAGAGAGGAAAGAUUGCGCGUAUGUAUGUGUAUGCAUGCGUGUGUGAGUGCGUGCGUGUAUGUGAAAGAGAGAGACAGGAAAAGAUAGACGGAGAGACGUUGUGCUGUCGUCGUCGUCUCCGCGUGUAUAAAAUUUCGAGCGAAUGUCUCGCACCAAAUAGAGAUAUGCGUAUUUUUUGAAUGGAACGUGUUGGGGAGAGAGAUAGCUUCUAGCUCGCGCGCGCGUGUCCGUGGACGGACGGCACGCGCGUGCCACACUCGAUUCGUCGGUGAUAGUCUGGCCUUUCGCCACCCAAUUUAGUCGUACCAAUCGCAUUUAUCAUAGAGGGGUAUGUAGUCUUCGUCGUUGUAAGGCAAAUCCAAGGCGGACUCGAGGAAGGAAGCGACGGAGCGGAGAAAAAAAAGAGACAGAAAAGAGGAAAUGCACAGAAUCGGAUUUAAAGCGAGAAUUGAUGCCGGUGUAAUCGCGACGAACGUUACAUCAAUGUCAUCGUCUCCCGCUCAAUAAUGCGACUCGGGUCGUUUGUAACAGUUACAUUGUUGAGUGGAAGAUUGCAACAUUGAUGUAACGCCACCGUUGCUUGGUGGUUUUUACCGGUUUGCGAUUUACCGAGGACACGCUAAAAGAGGGUAAUUCUGCGGCUUUUUACGAUUGUCACCGAUGAACAAAGACAUCGUCUUUGCGCGUCCGGAGCGCAUCGUGAUGCUUCACCUCAUUGCGAUUUCACCGGUCUCGAUCUUUGAUUUCGAGGAUUGUGGCGAGAUUUUCCAAAGCUAGUUUCUUCAGGUACUUAAAGAGAGAGAAAGAGAGGAAAGAAGAUGAUAAAAUAAACAAUCCGCUUUACACUGGCCGUUAAGCGAUAACUUAAGAAUUUUUGUAUCAUAUGUUUGUUAAGACUACACUGUUUUUGUCACUCAACACCCUACCAGUAUUCGAGAGAAAGAGCGAGAGAGUGCGAGUGAAGAAAUGAGUGAAAGGAAACGCGCGAAAAAAGAAAAAAAUAAUGCGAGUAUUGUGCGUCACUUUAGUAUCAUUAAGACGAGCGACGUGUAAUAAGAGCGACGAGCGAGCGAUUGUAAAUGCGCGCAAAUACAUGUGCGAAUGAGCAAAGAACGGGAAGAAUGUGAGAGACGAAGAAGGGAGAGAGAGAGAUUCUCGGACGAGCGAACGGCCGUACACCUGCAAAACGUACAUUCAUUAAACUACGUAUUGUCGUUUAGCACAAAUCAGUUGAGGCGCAUAAUCUGAGCGUAAAAAGUGAGCGGAGAACGAGGACGAGAUGAAUAACGGCGUUAUAUAUACGAUCCUGAGAGAAAAAUUGAUUGAACAUACGGACAGAUGAAGACCGGUGGUACAGUGAUCUCCGAAGAAGCGCGCUCCUGUGUACAUAACGAAUAAUUAAUGGAGUGGAAGGGGAAAAAAACGAAGCGAUAAAUGCGGAGAGAAAACAUUUCUACUAGAUUGGUACAUACUCCGCUCUAUACAUAUACACUGUAAGAAAAUUGUACCAAGUGUCUCUCUCGAGGACGUGACGCGCUGAGUGAGCGCCCUUGCGAUCUCGAGAAGGAACACCUCCCGGAAUUUGUUGAGAAAUUUGAAGGUUUUUAUGUAAAGGGAACCAAGCGCCAAUAGUUGAGCCCCGGUCUCGUUCAUCGACGACGAACGUCACAACGUUUCGUCACUUUCCGCAGAUGCUUAUACUGACUGCUAUUAUCUUAGAAUGUGUGAAAAACAGAGAAUCUAGGGGAACGUAGAAAAGAAAAAAAAAGACGAUUAGCCGUUCUCGUACUUUUACACAUCCGUUCAACUGUACAUUUAUAAUAUUGUAAUUAUAUCUCACGCAUACCCAUAUAAUUAAUAAUAAUCAAUAGUAGAAAUUAUUAAUUGAUAUGACUAAUAUGCCAUAUUAAAACUGUUAUUAUUUAUUUAUACUUAAUAUUAUGCGGGCUACAGUGGAGAAUUCCAAAUCCAACGAUUGGUUUGUUAAGCAAUUGGAAGAAAACCGGUUAAAAUAAAGUUAUAAAAAAAAUUCAACUCUCAUUGCAUCUACCUUCUUCUAAUUCUUCUAUGUGAGAAGAGAGGGUGGAAGAGAUUAAUCAACUUUAAUUGAUAGUUUUGAGAACGGCUCUAUGCUGAGUGAUUGCUCUCGCAGAAUAGUAUCGCACGCGCACGUUUCUUCAGAGAAAUCACUCGAUCGCUCGUAACGUUUCUUAUUUCUCAGACUUGGGUUUGAUGGCGUUUGGUACCUUCUAUGUAAAACCCAUUCAACCAUGGUAUUUGCGUGUACAUUGAACGAGGAACUGAUGCACAAAUUACAACCGCGACUGACGUGGAAGAGCUUUCCAAAUAACGAGGGAGCGACGAGAUGUAUUUUGCUCGCAGACAAUGGAAAAUAGGGUUUCAUUUCGCGAAGCGACUUUGCAACUUUCAUCAUCGUACUACAUAUUGUACUUAUCUCGAAUAUGUUUCCUUUUCUCUUUUGUGUUCGUUUUAUCAAGCUGUCAAACUGAGUUAUUGCACGGUCAACAUUCAGCCUUUCGUUUUGUUAAACGUUCAGGAGUAAAAUUAGAUAUACAUACAAAAAUAUGCAACAUAGAAUUAACUGUAGUUUUGGAAGUCUUUGUUUUACUUUAUUGUAGAAUAUGCUUGAGAUACGUGAUUUUGUUAUGUAAAACAUAAAGAAACACUCGUCGGUACUUAAGAUCGUUACAUUUCUACAAUUAUUUUCAAUACACAAUGUCAGAGAAGAAAAUAGAGAAUCAUUUUAUAAUGUUCGUAAAGGAUCACUUUAUAUAUAUAUAUAUUUUUUUUAAGCGGUAGCCAAAGAGAUGUAUUUUUCUUUCUGGUUCUGAUUUUAUAAUUUCGUGAUUCUGUGGUUUUAUCAAGGUAUAACUAUACAUCCACGUAUGAUGUAAACAAUAUCUAUGCACGAUUGCUAAUAUUUAAUUUAUAAAAGUUACUAUAUUUUUUUAAUAGAUAUGCUGUAUGCUGUGUGUGUGUAUAUAUAUGUAUAUAUAUAUAUAUAUAUAUACACACGCAUAAGGCUUUCCAAGCUUUCUUUUACGAGGGAUUUUUUAGAAAAAUGUUCUCUUUUAAUUUUGCAUUUCUCGUCUUUAAUCCUUGACUAUAUUGUACAUGCAGAAUCCGAAACGCGAUGCGAGAAGCUGCAGGAUCGUUUUGCGGGGACAGGAUCGGUUUUCAAGAAUUGUGGUCCAGUCAAAAGUUAUAAAAUCGCACACAGCAGUAGCUGACCGAUCCUAUGGAUUUAUUUCUGUGGAAAUUGAGAAACGAGAUGUGAAUGAAAGGGAGAGAAAGUAAAACGGAGAGAGUGUCGCGUGUAUGUGUGUAUGUGUGAGAGAAAAAAGGAGAGAGAAAGAGAAGGGCAAGAAAGAGAGAAAAAGAAAGAUGAAAAUACUCUCCGUGGAUAUGACUGUACAGUACGUAUUAACUUGUCCGGAGAUACAUAUAUCGAAGAUCCUUUUUCAAAAAACUGAAGUAUUAAGGAUUGCAUAUUGUACAUAAACAAGACAUAUUUUCUAUAUAAGGGACGUCGCUCGGUAAAGGUCGAUGGCUCGAAAAAUACUGCAAUAUUAUGAUAAUUCUUUCAAGCGGUAGGAUAGCCUUUAAUCGUUUUAUGUAAUGUAAUGAUAGAAAAAGGGUCUGGCAGAAUAAAAGUGAAAGUUCUGUAUUUAAACA